GACACCUGGACGCAGAUGUCCCCUCCGUCGGGCGACCCUGCUGGGCCUCGCUUCUUUCUGCUGCCUCUUCCUUCCGGAGAACUCAUUCACCCGACGACUUGCUAUCGUAUCCAUUACAUUACAUAGCCUUUUGCUUGGGUUCAACUUUUGAAGCGUCUAUAGCUGCCAUAUAUUCUCGGACAUGGUGGUCCAAAUGUUGAUCAAAUUGGACGGGGCGGUUACCAAACGAACAAAAGGGUAAGAGAGGAGGGGCACGCGCCCUCUUGUCCUAUCAUAGAAAGUACGUAACUGCAAACAAGAGUUUACGUAGAGACCACCCACAUUGCGUAAAUACUAACAACAAACAUGGCGGACGAUCACACAGACGCAGACCAAUCUAUGGAGGGGAACACUCCAAUUGCUGAAAACCCCCAUUCUGAAUAUGGACUGACAGAAAACAUCCAGAGAAUAGUGGAAAACGAGAAAGCCAACACAGAGAAGGUCUCCAAACAGAAGGUGGAUCUGCAGUCGCUCCCCACCAGGGCAUAUUUGGAUCAGACAGUGGUGCCCAUUCUUCUUCAAGGCUUAUCUGUGUUGGCCAAGGAAAGACCUACAAAUCCUAUUGAAUUCUUAGCAGCCUUCCUUCUCAAGAACAAAUCACAGUUUGAAAAUCGAAAUUAAGCCCCAGACGGAUGGAAAUGUGCACUUUGAGGCCAUAUGUUUCAAAUGAAGAAAAUUGUUUCUGUCAAUGGUUAUGUUUGCUAAUGAUAGUGUAUGUUGUUUUUUAAACCAGAAUAAAAAUUGUGCUGCAGGGAAA